UUUUGGACUCGCAGUAAACAUUUGCCCUUAAGUUUUUAGUUCUGCAUUUCAUACCGACCGCUUUGUAAAUAUGUGCAUAUAUUAAUAUUGUCAUUCACCCAUGUCAUUGUAUUCGCUGGGCUUUGAAACAAUUUAAUAUGCAUAUAUUUUUUCUACCUCCUAAGUCCCUCAAGAAAUACAAUAUGCUGAAAUCGACAUAUCAAUCGCUUUUUGGCAAAACAUUAAUGCUUUAUUUGUAAGAAAUAUAUCGAUUUGAUCUUUGAAUACUUAUUUGCAAUGGAAACUCGUUGAACUCGUUUAUAAAUGGGCUUUAAAAAACUGUUUGGUGUAAUUUUGACUUUAACCGUUAGAUGUCACCCUUUAUCUGUUAUAUCAGGGGUCACUAACUUUUUUUGAAACCAAGAGCUACUUCUUGGGUACUGAUUAAUGCGAAGGGCUACCAGUUUGAUACACACUUAAAUAAAUUGCCAGAAAUAGCCAAUUUGCUCAAUUUACCUUUAACUCUGUUAUUGUUAAUAAUUAAUGAUAUUUAUCUUUGUGGAAACACUGAUCCACUUAAUGAUUUCUCACAAUAAAUAUAUAUUUUUGAUGACAUCUUUUAAAUAGGUUAAAAUCUAAUCUGCACUUUGUUAGAAUAUAAAACAAAUUGGACCAAGCUAUAUUUCUAACAAAGACAGAUCAUUAUUUUUUCUAGAUUUUCCAGAACAAAAAUUUUAAAAGAAAUUCGAAAGAUUUUAAAAUAAGAUUUUAAUUUGAUUCUACAGAUUUUCUAGAUUUGCCAGAAUAUAUUUUUUGAAUUUUAAUCAUAAAAAGUUUGAAGAAAUAUUUCACAAGUAUUCUUUGAAAAAACAGAAGCUAAAAUGAAUAAUUAAAUGAAAAUGUAUUUAUUAUUCUUUACAAUAAAAAAUAAAUCUACUAGAACAUUGAUUUAAAUUGUCAGGAAAGAAGAGGAAGGAAUUUAAAAGGUAUCUGUUAAAAAAUCCUAAAAUCAUUUUUAAGGUUGUAUUUUUUCUCUAAAAUUGUCUUUCUGAAAGUUAUAAGAAGGGAAGUAAAAAAAUAAAUACAUUUAUUAAACGAGUGAAGACCAAGUCUUUAAAAUAUUUUGUUGGAUUUUCAAAUUCUAUUUGAGUUUUGUCUCUCAGAAUUAAAAAUGCUGAGCAAAGCGAGACCAGUUUGCUAGUAAAUAAAUACAAUUUAAAAAAUAGAGGCAGCUCACAGGUAAGUGCUGCUAUUUGAGCUAUUUUUAGAACAGGCCAGCAGGCGACUCAUCUGCUCCUUACGGGCUACCUGGUGCCCACGGGCACCGCGUUGGUGACCCCUGUGUUAUAUAGUUCCAUUCAGCAGUUGUAGCUCUGAUUGAUUGAUUGAAACUUUUAUUAGUAGAUUGCACAGUACAGUACAUAUUCCGUACAAUUGAACACUAAAUGGCAACACCCGAAUAAGUUUUUCAACUUGUUUAACUCGGGGUCGACGUUAAAUAAUUCAUGGUGCAAUCAAUUCAUAUAUCUAUAUAAAAUACCCUAUAUAUAUUAUUAGGAUUAUAUUAUAUUUCAAUGUUAAUACAUUGAAAUUAUUCAUGUUUUACUCUCAAAUUACGUGCUUUUCAAUGUUUUUGUUUGAACAAUCUCCUUUACGUUCUGUUGUUGUUUUAUACGGGAACUAGAAGGCUCUCUUCACAAUAAAACACUAAACUUUAAGUGUGUUGCUUUUUAUCCAAUACGAAUAAUUGUGUGUGUGAUACGUGUCAACAUAUAUUAUCAUGAAUGUACAAUUUGUUUAAAAGUCAAAAUUUACAUUUGGAAGACUAGUCUGGAUGGCACAUUAUCCGUUUUUGGAGGCUUUUAUUUCGUUGCGUUCAAGUUAACCGGAAACACUUUCUAUGUUGACGUAACUUGUAAAGUUUGGUGCGCUUUGUCAGUCGGUGGGUGUUCGGAAGAGAAGACAUAACAGCCGGUGAGAUUUUCUCUCGCUACUGUCAGGACACCUGACGUUAUUUUUAUUGUCUUCAAACUUUCUGACAUGGCGAUGAAGAUCGUAGCGUGGAGGCGACACCGGGCUUUACGUUUCACUCUCGUUUCAACACCUUUUGGUUUGAAGUGAGGUGUUCACAGGAGUCGAUUACCAACGCCUUUCCCCACCAUUUUUUUUCAAGAAAACAUUAGCUAUGUGGUCACAGUAGACACUCGUGUUUUGUGUGAAGUUCUUUUCCGCUUUGUUGUUGUUUUUUCCCUUUGGCUGGAGCUCUGAAGUCGGGAUCAAGCACUCUGAGGAGGUGGUGCUGAAAAUGGAGGCUGUUAUCGAGAAGGACUGCAGCGCGCUGGGAGGACUCUUCCAAACUCUUAUCGGAGACAUGAAGAGCAGCUACCCUGUUUGGGAGGACUUCAUUAUCAAGGCUGGCAAACUGCAGUCCCAACUGAGGGCCACAGUGGUCGCCUUGGCUGCCUUCUUGGACGCUUUUCAGAAAGUGGCUGACCUUGCUACCAAUUCAAGAGGAGGAACCAGAGACAUUGGAUCUGCUUUGACUAGGAUGUGCUUGAGACAUCGCAGCAUUGAAGCUAAAUUCAGACAGUUCUCCAUGACCUUCCUGGAGGCUCUGAUCAACCCUCUCCAAGAUCAAAUGGAGGAGUGGAAGAAAGGCAUCAACACUUUGGAUAAGGACCAUUCCAAAGAAUAUAAGAGAGCUCGACAGGAGAUCAAGAAAAAGUCAUCGGACACAAUGAAACUUCAGAAGAAAGCAAAAAAAGGUCGUGGUGAUAUCCUGCCCCAGUUGGAUAGCGCAAUGCAGGAUGUCAGCGAUAAAUACAUUCUUUUGGAAGAAACCGAGAAACAGGCCCUGAGAAAGGCUCUCAUUGAGGAAAGACAAAGGUUCUGCUCUUUCGUAGCCAUGCUGCGGCCUGUGGUGGAUGAAGAGAUUUCUAUGUUAGGAGAGGUUACCCAUCUCCAGUCAAUCUCUGAAGACCUCAAAUGUCUGACCUCUGACCCGCACAAACUCCCCCCUGCCAGUGAACAAGUCAUCUUGGACUUGAAAGGUUCAGACUAUGCUUGGUCAUACCAAACUCCUCCCUCCUCUCCCAGCACCUCAGUGUCAAGGAAGUCCAGCAUGUGCAGUAGUCUGAACAGUGUUAACAGUAGUGACUCCAGGGGAUCCAGCGGCUCUCACUCUCAUUCUCCUUCCUCCUCUUCUUCCUCCUCUUCCUCACACCACCUCUUCCACCACCAUCAACCCCGCCACCGAUACCGCAGCUCCACGCUGUCCCAGCAGGCCUCGGCUCGCCUCUCCAGCAUCUCCUCCCACGACUCUGGCUUCAUCUCUUCAUCGCAUGACCAGUACUCCUCAUCCAAAUCAUCCUCACCGAUGCCAGCUGAGAGCAAGCCUUGUGCUAGUUCCAGCUCCUCUGAUGUGUCAGAGUGUGGGCAGCUUCACAGUGACUCCAACAGUGAACCUCAUUCUAUUGAAGCUGCUGCUGCUGCAACGCCACACACUGCUGACGAGCAGCUGCCAAAUAGUUUUGACCACUAUAGCCCAGCCAACUCCCCCUGCAACGGUGGGAGUCUGAGCUCAGGUUCGGACACAGCCUUCCCUUUCUUCCCUCCAUCCUCCACUUCCUCCUCCUGCCCCACACGACCAUGGUCACGUCCAGCCUCAGCUCUGCUGCCAGACUUCCCUCACCACUGCCCAAUGGGCUCCCUCAUGAUGCCUUCCUCUCGCGUCCCCAGUUGGAAGGACUGGGCAAAGCCAGGACCAUAUGACCAGCCCAUGGUCAACACAUUGCGCAAGAAGAAAGACAAGGGGUCGCCGGCUAUAUUGGACUGUAAUGGUGGUAUGGGCACUGUAAGCAGUGCACCGCAAAGCCUUUCAGCCCCAAUCCCAGCUACAGCUGAAAUGCAGACACCCCAAAUGGCUUCAGUCGACAAGAGGAGCAGGACCGCACCUGUCAAGGCUGGUGAGUUUGAGGCCCACGAUGAACUGACUCUGGCCUUAUCUAAAGGCCUGGAACUUGACACCCAGAGGUCCAGUCGGGACUCGAUCCAAUGUUCCAGUGGAUACAGCACUCAGACUAAUACACCCUGCUGCUCUGAGGACACAAUACCCUCACAAGUGUCCGAUUAUGACUAUUUCUCAAUGGCUGGGGACCAGGAGCCUGAGCAGCAGCAGUCUGACUUUGACAAGUCAUCCACCAUCCCCAGAAACAGCGACAUCGGCCAGUCCUACCGACGUAUGUUUCAGACCAAGCGGCCCGCCUCCACCGCCGGCCUGCCAAGCACACAGGCUCCCUACUCUCCACAGACAGUCUACCCCACUGGAUCCCAUCCCUCCACACCCACUCACAUAGGAAAUUUUACAGCUACUGGUCCUUAUCCUCCUGCUGUGACAGGCAACUCAAAUCAUGGGUUUUAUUCCGGAUCCCAUAACCCCUCUGGCUCCUAUUCCACGGGGAACGGUCCAGUCAUCAUCACACCUGGCGUUGCCACAAUCCGCCGCACCCCCUCCUCAAAACCCUCUUCCCGCCGCGCAGGCUCACUUGGUUCUGGUCCUAUUCCUAUUCGCACACCUGUCAUCCCGGUAAAAAUUCCAACAGUCCCUGACAUGUCGGGGGUGGCAAACGGGAGCAGGAGCGUCGAGGAGAUAGGGACAGAGAGUUCCGAGAAUGCUGGUACACUGCCUGUGGCGUCUUGGAGCGGUCAGGCUUCCACCAACCCUCCCACUGUCCCGCUGCCCAACCAGCUGGCCCAGCGGCACCCCCACAAUGAGCCAGUAGGAGCCAAGGCAGGGGAGAGCGCAGAUGGCAGCAUGUUGUCGGCCAUCCGCAAGGGCGUCAAGCUCAAGAGGACCCUCACUAAUGACCGCUCUGCACCACGUGUUGCGUAGUGCCAUUCAUUAACUUCUUAUUGUGUAUUCAGCAAGCAAAUGUUCCUCCUUUUAGAUGCCAUGUUUCUUGUUCCACUGUGAGAAUACCUCCCUACUAAAAGUAUUCGGCAGUGAGAUCAUGUCUCCUGACAAAAACAAAUAUAAAAAAUACAAACACUGUAUAUAACAAAUAGAGCAAUUGCAGAACCACAUCUGGUACAUCCUGCACCACAAGACAGUCUCAGAAGAUGUUAAAUUGGACAUUUCGGGACAAAAAAACUGACGUGUUUUGCCGAUUUGAAUCCAUAGCUGUGCAAUUACAGAGGUUAAUGUUGGUUAAUGUUCCACACGAGGAGGCUAUUUGAACAUUGGACAACAAGAAACGAGGUGGAUAAAUCCAGAGAAUGAGACUUUAUUUUUAGGGCAUUUUAGCAGCUGCACACAGAUGUGCUCAAAGCUGUCCUCCGUCCUGUGUCCUUUUAAUUCGUCCGCAACACCACUGUGACACCUUUGACAGCUUAAAGGGGCGUCAAGUCUGCCGUCCUAGUUAAGGAUGGGGACUGCAUCGUCAAGCAUCACAUAAAGGAGGCUUCUAUGUAAAGAGUCACACGUUGACCUAUGAAUUGAUUUGUUGCUUUAGUGUUAUGUCUAUGAUUUGUAAACUUUUGUUGCCAAAAAGUGUGUUGCUGCUUCUCACAUUGGGUCUCAACACUUCUGUCAGAAUCUUCCCUUUUUAAAAUAGGAAUCUCAAUGUCAGCCUUUUUGUACAAACAUGUUCUUUAUCUAGAUGUUGUUUGGGGCAUCACUUUGUUUAAGUUUGUUCUAUCCAAGUUUAAUAUGAGCUGCAAUAUUUGCACGCCAAGGUUUGUACAGUACAGCCCCUUUAUAUUUUAGCAUUUAUUGUCCAUACUGUCUGUUGCAGCAGUGAUGUAGUUCAUAAACCUUACUAAAGUCGGUGGGGAAAAAACACUAUAAGCGAAUUGGGAAAAGGUUAUGAAAGUCAUUAAUUGUAAUAUGUAAAUAACGGCAAUGUAGCAUUUAAGAUUUUUCCAUCCGUCACGUGUGGACAUUUUGUGUUUGAGAUACUGUAGAGAAUGACAACAAGUAGAUACUUCCUGUGUGUACAAUCACAACACAAUCCUUUGUAUAUAGGACGUCCUGUGGGAGCACAAUGAGGCUUUACUUAACAGUUUGUGCACAUUUCAGUUCAAGCACUGUGAGACCAUGCUGACUAACAAUGUAUCAGACUUGUAAAUAACUGUCGGAGCAAUUUAAGUUAUUUCUCUCUUCAUUGUAUACUCCCAGCUAUUACAUUUGGCUCUAUUCAUGCACAUACAGUCUGAUGAUGUGUGAUGAAUUCUAUUUUACUACCAUUGAUUUGUUUGUGGCGUCAGUGCUAUGAAUUACUUUGGGCCCCUUAUUUCACACCUGCAUAUAGCAACUAGAAUGUAUGGAGCCAGCUGGUUAGGAGGUAAAUCACAGUCAUAAUAAAAAAAUGUGUCUGACCUGAGGUCACUGCUCACAAAUAUUGGCUGUGUAAUGGACAUACUUCAUCGCAAUUACUGUCCUGAUGAUACAGACUUAUUUGGCGCGGUCAAGAGCAUGUAGUUUCCCAACAAUGUUUAAUCUCUAACCUGAUUUACUCCCCCAAAGAUGUGUGAUGGAUUAUAUUCAAACACCAAGAAGGCAUCUACAUCUGUUGAUGUGACCAACCCUGAAUAAUGCAUUUACCUCCAUACUGUUACAUUUCAAGCAAUGGUUGUACAGGUGAAACAACACCUUUUAUUUGUCAAUAUUGUUGAAUGUCUAAAAGUCCUAUUAUCCACCUUUGUAUUUAAAUUGCCAGUAUAUCGAUUAUAUAUUAUAUCGGAGUUCCUUGUUUGUGUGUAUAAUGAUAUAUAUAUUAAAAAAAAGGCUUUACUGUACAAUGUAAGUAGUUGAUUUUAGUAGAGUUGUCCUGUACCUCCACAGUGCAACAGGCAAAGAUGCAAUUUUAUUUCCAAUACUUUAAUGGUUGUUUACAGCUUUAGCAAUAUAAUAAAAACAAGAAAUGUG